AAGGAUUUUUUUUAUUCAAUCCAGUCAUUCUUAGGUCUUCCAGAAAAGUCUAAUCUGAAAUAGCUUGAACACAGGUGCAAGUAGCUUGGACACAGGUACAGAAUCCAAAGAUGCCUACUCGAGAUCCCCAGAUACUCUACACCAAGCUAUUCAUCAACAAUGAGUUUGUGGAUGCAGUGAGCGGGAAGACCUUUCCAACCCUGAAUCCCUGCACGGGGGAGAAGAUUUGCAGUGUGGCUGAAGCAGACAAGGCAGAUGUGGACAAGGCAGUUGAGGCAGCACAUGCUGCCUUCAAACUUGGAUCACCCUGGCGCACCAUGGACGCAUCCGAGAGGGGACAACUCAUGCACAAAUUGUGUGAUCUCCUUGCACGGGACAAGGACUACCUGGCUUCUUUGGAGACUCUGGACAAUGGGAAACCUGUGGAAAAUGCUGCCUCUGAUGUUGAUGCAUCCAUUGGGACCCUGAGAUACUUUGCAGGCUAUGCAGACAAGAUCCAUGGAAAGACUAUCCCUGUCGAUGGUGACUUCAUUUCGAUGACCAGGCUGCAUCCAGUGGGUGUGGUGGGUCAGAUCAUCCCCUGGAAUUAUCCCAUAUUGAUGCUGGCAUGGAAAUGGGGGCCAGCCUUGGCUGCAGGUUGCACCAUUGUGCUCAAGCCCGCUGAGCAGACUCCCCUCACAGCACUCUACAUUGCUCACCUUACAAAGGAGGCAGGUUUCCCACCAGGUGUAAUCAAUGUGGUCCCUGGCUAUGGUCCCUCUGCUGGAGUUGCCAUUUCCCACCACCCUCAUGUUGACAAGGUGGCUUUCACUGGCUCUGUAGAGGUUGGGAAGCUGGUGAUGGAAGCCUCAGCAAAGAGCAACUUGAAGCGAGUGACCCUGGAACUGGGUGGGAAGUCACCACUCAUUGUCUUCUCUGACUAUGACUUGGAUGAAGCCGUGUCUAUCUGCCAUGAUGCUAUAUUUACCAACCACGGGCAAAACUGCUGUGCUGGAUCAAGGACAUUUGUUCAAGCUGAGAUCUAUGAUGCUUUCGUCUCUAAGGCCAAGCAGAAGGCAUUGAGCCGCAAGGUUGGGGAUCCCUUCCUGGAUGACACUGAUCAAGGACCACAGGUGGAUGAGGAGCAGUUCAAGAAGAUCCUGGAUAUGAUCAAUUCAGGGAAGAAGGAGGGUGCCAAGCUAGAGUGUGGAGGAGACCGCUAUGGGGAUGCAGGCUACUUCAUCAAACCAACUGUCUUCUCGAACGUCACUGACAACAUGCGCAUCGCCAAGGAAGAGAUUUUUGGACCAGUCCAGAGCAUCAUCAAGUUCAAGACUCUCGAAGAGGCAAUUGAGCGAGCGAAUGAAACAACCUAUGGCCUUGCUGCUGGAAUCAUCACCCAAGACAUCAACAAAGCCCUGACUUUUGCCCAGAGUGUACAGGCUGGCUCUGUCUGGAUCAACUGCUAUGAUGCAGUCAGUACACAGGCCCCAUUCGGUGGCUUCAAACAGAGUGGGCAAGGCCGAGAACUAUUAAUGAAAACUAUACCAAUAAAUUCUCUAAUAUUCCCAUUUCCCUGGGACAGAGGAGAGGAUGCACUGAAGGAGUAUGUCGAGAUCAAGACCAUAACGAUCAAGCUGUUCAUCAACAAUGAAUUUGUGGAUGCAGUGAGCGGGAAGACCUUUCCAACCGUAAACCCUAGCAAUGGAAAGGAGAUAUGCCGCGUGGCCGAGGCAGACAAGGCGGAUGUGGACAAGGCAGUCGAGGCAGCGCGCACUGCCUUCAAGCUGGGCUCACCCUGGCGCACCAUGGACGCGUCUGCAAGAGGAAACCUCAUGCUCAAAUUGUCCGAUCUCAUCGAGCGGGACAAGGAUUAUCUUGCCUCUCUGGAGACGCUGGACAAUGGAAAGCCCGUGGGUGACUCUGCCUUUGACAUCAACAUGGCCUUGGGGACUCUCCGAUACUUUGCCGGCUAUUCAGACAAGAUCCAUGGGAAGACGAUCCCUGUCGAUGGAGACCUCAUAUCUAUGACGAAGUUACACCCGGUGGGCGUGGUGGGCUCGAUCAUUCCCUGGAAUUAUCCCAUCUUGAUGCUGGUGUGGAAGUGGGGACCGGCCCUGGCUGCCGGUUGCACCAUCGUCCUCAAGCCGGCCGAGCAGACCCCUCUCACGGCGCUCUACAUCGCUCAUCUCGCCAAGGAGGCCGGUUUCCCCCCAGGCGUGAUCAACGUGAUCCCCGGCUACGGCCCCACAGCUGGAUCUGCCAUCGCCCACCACCCCCACAUCGACAAGGUGGCCUUCACCGGCUCUGUCGAGGUUGGGAAGCUGGUAAUGAAAGCCUCAGCAGAGAGCAACUUGAAGCGAGUUACCCUGGAACUGGGAGGGAAGUCACCACUCAUUAUCUUAUCUGACUACAACCUGGACGAAGCCGUGUCCAUCAGCCACGAAGCAAUCUUCGCCAACCAUGGGCAAAACUGCUGUGCAGGAUCGAGGACAUUCGUUCAAGCCGAGAUCUACGAUGCGUUCGUGACCAAGGCCAAGCAAAAGGCAUUGAGCCGAAAGGUCGGCGAUCCCUUCCAGGAUGGCACUAUGCAAGGACCACAGGUUGACGACGAGCAGUUCAAGAGGAUCCUGGAAAUGAUCGCUUCAGGGAAGAAGGAGGGCGCCAAGCUGGAGUGUGGAGGAGACCGCCACGGAGACUCGGGCUACUUCAUCCAGCCGACUGUCUUCUCGAACGUCACUGACAACAUGCGCAUCGCAAAGGAAGAGAUUUUUGGACCGGUACAGAGCAUCCUCAAGUUCAAUACUCUGGAGGAGGCGAUCGAGCGAGCCAAUGCAACGAGCUAUGGCCUUGCUGCUGGCAUUAUCACCAAGGACAUCAACAAGGCCUUGACAUUUGCCCAUAGCGUUCAGGCCGGCUCGGUCUGGAUCAACUGCUACGAUGCAGUUAGUACACAGGCUCCGUUUGGUGGCUUCAAACAGAGUGGGCAAGGUCGAGAACUCGGAGAGGACGCGCUGAAGGAGUAUGUGGAGAUCAAGACUAUCACGAUCAAGCUGUUCAUCAACAAUGAGUUUGUGGAUGCAGCGAGUGGAAAGACCCUUCCAACCAUUAACCCCUGCACUGGAGAGAAGAUUUGCAGUGUGGCAGAGGCAGACAAGGUGGAUGUAGACAAGGCGGUUGAGGCAGCGUGCACUGCCUUCAAGCUGGGCUCGCCCUGGCGCACCAUGGACGCGUCUGCAAGGGGAAGACUCAUGCUCAAGUUGUCCGAUCUCAUCGAGCGGGACAAGGAUUAUCUCGCUUCCCUGGAGACGCUGGACAAUGGGAAGCCCAUCGGCGACUCUGUCUUCGACAUCGACGUGUCUGUGGGGACCCUGCGAUACUUUGCCGGUUACGCGGACAAGAUCCAUGGGAAGACGAUUCCUGCCGAUGGAAACUUCAUAUCGAUGACGAAGCUGCACCCGGUGGGCGUGGUGGGCUCCAUUAUCCCCUGGAAUUAUCCCAUCUUGAUGCUGGUGUGGAAGUGGGGGCCGGCCCUGGCUGCCGGUUGCACCAUCGUCCUCAAGCCGGCCGAGCAGACUCCUCUCACGGCGCUCUACAUCGCUCAUCUCGCCAAGGAGGCCGGUUUCCCCCCAGGCGUGAUCAACGUGGUCCCCGGUUACGGCACAGCUGGAGCUGCCAUCGCCCACCACCCCCAAAUCGACAAGGUGGCCUUCACCGGCUCCGUCGAGGUUGGGAAGCUGGUAUUGAAAGCCUCAGCAGAGAGCAACUUGAAGCGAGUUACCCUGGAACUGGGAGGGAAGUCACCACUCAUUAUUUUGUCUGACUACAACCUGGACGAAGCCGUGUCCAUCAGCCACGAAGCAAUCUUCGCCAACCAUGGGCAAAGCUGCUGUGCAGGAUCGAGGACAUUCGUUCAAGCCGAGAUCUACGAUGCGUUCGUGACCAAGGCCAAGCAGAAGGCACUAAGCCGAAAGGUCGGCGAUCCCUUCCAGGAUGGCACUAUGCAAGGACCACAGGUGGACGACAAACAAUUCAAGACGAUCCUGGAAAUGAUCAAUUCAGGGAAGAAGGAGGGCGCCAAGCUUGAAUGUGGAGGAGACCGCCACGGAAAUGUGGGCUAUUUCAUCCAGCCGACUGUCUUCUCGAACGUCACUGACAACAUGCGCAUUGCAAAGGAAGAGAUAUUUGGACCGGUACAGAGCAUCAUCAAGUUCAAUACUUUGGAGGAGGCGAUCGAGCGAGCGAAUGCAACGAACUAUGGCCUUGCUGCUGGCAUCAUCACAAAGGACAUCAACAAGGCAUUGACAUUUGCUGAAUGCGUUCAGGCUGGUUCUGUCUGGAUCAACUGUUACGAUGCCAUUAGUGCACAGACCCCGUUUGGUGGCUUCAAACAGAGUGGGCAAGGCCGAGAACUAGGAGAGGACGCGCUGAAGGAGUACUUGGAGAUCAAGACCAUCACGAUCAAGGUCCCUCAGAAAAAUUCGUGA